AUGGAAAGUGACGCAAUGAUAUCAGGUGGAAAGACCAGUGUUGAGAAAAAGGACACGGCAAAACCAGAGACGAGUUCGGCUAGUGUUCAAGGUCGAUCGAAGAAUAAAAAAAUUGGAUUAAUCAUUCGUUCGAUUGUCAGUGUGAUUAUUCUCGGACUUUUGUUCGGAUUUUUAAUGAACAAAGCAACAGUUUUUAUAACACCAACGAUUCGCAAACAAAUGUUAUUUCAACGUUUUGUUAUGCUCAAAAUGUUUCUUGCUGCUGUUGGUGUAUCCAUGUUAAGCGCUGCUGUAUUGGAAUUAGUUCGUAAGAAUCUUUAUACAAAAGUUCUCGUCGAUGACAUUGAAGAUAAUUGCCGUCGCGGAGUUCUUCACUACGUCGCUGGAGGUUCUCUCAUCGGUUUAGGAAUGGUUAUAUGCGGCAGUUGUCCAGGAACGAUAUUCGUUCAAGUCGGAUCUGGUAUUUUCAAUUCACUCUUUACAAGUUUAGGUGCACUUUUGGGUACUUAUUUCUAUUUCAUUGUAAUUCAUGAUCGUAGUAUAAAAGAAAGAUUACCAUCAAAUGCAUUGGUUUUUCGUCGACUCCCCGAUAUAUUACACACACCAAGUGCAGUUCUUCAUAUACUCUUCGGCCUUGCUUUUCUGGGUGGUGCUAUUGGUUUGGAAUACUUUGUUCCUUGGCGAUCAGACAUCGACUAUUACUUCCAGGAACGAAGUUACAUGAAUCGUGGCAAUAUGUUCACAUCGGUCUUCCAUAUGGCCGCUUGGCCACCAGCUCUAUGCGGUGCAGGUGUUGGGCUUCUACAAUUACUUUUCGUCGUUCUUUUAAGUAGAACAUUGGGAGCAUCGUCAGCCUUUGCCGUAUUAGCUGCGCAAAUCUGUCGAAUCAAGUCGAUCGGUCGAGCCAUACCAUCAUUGAACUCCUACACAUUUGGACUAGAAAAUUAUGUCACUUUUCUCUUCGGUGUAUCGGCUGUUCUUGGAAGUGCUUUAUCGUCAACCGUCUCUGAAACAAUACCAUUAGGAGCAGAGAAUGGAACGAAUAUUCUUGCUAGUAUUCUUGGAGGAUUUCUUUUAUUCGUCGGAGCACGAUGUGCUGGUGGAUGCACGAGUGGUCAAGGAAUAUCGGGCACAACACAUCUUAUUAUUGGUUCACUGAUAACAACCGCAUGUAUUUUUGGAAGUGGAAUUGUGUUUGGCUUUUGCUUUUCAUGGACCAAAACUGAAUGGUUCUAUUAA